CCCGCGCCGCGCUUACACGCGCAACACAUCCCCGCGCGAAGCUUCACACGCGCAACUGACGCGAUCGCGAACUCUGAUUCCCUUUUUGUUUAUUUUUCGCGUCCUUCGAACCGUUUUGCGUUACCAAGGCGGCGAAAGAAGACGGCGCAUGGAUCGAGCCACGAGAGAAGACUGGUGCAGGCCGCCCGGCUAGCCGCCGCUCCACCCACCAAAAGACGACCCACAAACCAAAGCCUCCAGUCAUAUCUUUCGUUUAAAAUCUAAAUAUAAGCACUAUUUUUUAAACCUUUUAACGAUAAACCGUAAAUAGUAUACGCUAACUCCCAAACAGUACAAAUUAAUUUAAGUCUGAAGUGAUCGGUAUUUACAAUAAGAAGAACGAACGAGCGAAAGAAAAAUCUAUCAACGACCAGUAUUUAAACGUUCCAAAAUAAUAGAUAUCGUUAAACGAGUGCACAAAAUAUUUUAUCGAUCGUUAACCCAGUCGACGCAUUUUUCUAAAAUUCAGCCAAAGAUUUUAUAAAACCGUAGUUAAGACUCGUGUGUAAACUGCCUCUCGGGGAUUUUUAUAUUUAUUUGUUAGUGAUUAACGAAAUUGUGAUUAGUGUAGUGUAAACCAGUGUGCCGUAUAACCGUAAUUUAAGUGCUAUUUAGACAAACUUUAACCAAUUAACUUUAGCCAGUCAGAGUACAAAUAUCAAGUUCCAGUGCAGCGAGUGUUCAUAGCGAGAUAGACUUAGUAGAGCUUAUUUUUGUAAAACUUUAGGUGUCUCGUGUGUUGUGUCGCGAUGAGGAAGACCCGCCACCGCCUUGGACGGGCGCCAUGAGCGAGGCGCUGCGCAGCGAAGCGGGCGCGGACGCGCACCUGCCGCCCUUCUCGACCUUCGUCGGAGACAUGGCCGAGAACGAGCAGCGCAUCCUGGCGGCCGACGCGCGCCUGCUCGACCCCGGCUGGGAGUACUACGAGCGCGGCGACGCCGUCUCCGUCAUCGCCAGCCAGGCGCAGUACCGCCCCUGGGAGUCCAUGCCCAUCACCGUCGGCGCCAAGGACGCCAUCCUGCGCGCCGGCUUCUCCUCCCCCCUGGACUACCAGUCCGUCACGCUGCAGCCCAUCAACAAGCUGCCCUCCUUCCAGAGCCAGUUCCAGACAUUCCCGGAGACGACCGUCAUUCCCGAGACGGGGCUGCCGAGCGUCACUCCAGUCCCGGUCACGGCCAGCCCCACGCCCAGCGCCAGCCCCAGCCAGCUGACACAGCUCACGCAGUUGACGACUCCGUCGUCUCCCGCGCACCUCACGACCCUGGCGCAGGUCACGCCGCUCUCCACGACUCUCACUACGCUAUCACCCGUCAACGCUACAACAUUCCAUACACUCACGGCGGUUAAUGCCAGGAGUUACCCCAUCGUCCCGGCGCCGCUGCAGGCCCGGGAGCUCGCGCCCGCCGGACAAGCUUACAUUGACGACCGGCACAUACAGCUAUACCAACCAAAUAUCGCUACUAUCAAUGCUUUUCCCACUCAAAAUGGUAUUUUACACCAAAAUGGGACAAUCCUCCAUCAAAAUGGAAGCUUACUACAGAACAUUCAAAGUCCAACCGUGGUUCACGUGUUGAAGAACGAGCCGUUCGAUAUGAAAUCACUCCAAGAGAAGUACACACCGAACGGGCUACAUCACAGUAAUUUCCAGAACCCGAUGUUGAUCGACAGCGGGUAUGAGAAGAAGAACGGUUUCGGAAACGGGUCAUCGCCCACGAGAUCGGAUUUCCGGAAGAAAGAGAGGCGGAAAAUGCGAGCGAACAGCUCUGAGUCGGACGGGUCUAACAUGGAGAUGGGGUCGGAGAGCAGCGGGCAGGUGGCCGCCGUGUCGUCCACGGCCGGCUUCAAGUCGCCGCUGCACGGGGCUCCGCCCAUGAGCACGGGGCCAAUGGAUCUGGACGACAUCUCUUCAGAGAAACAGACAAAGAAGAAGCGCAAGCGAUGCGGCGAAUGCAUCGGCUGCCAGCGCAAGGACAACUGUGGAGACUGUGCGCCGUGUCGCAACGACAAGAGCCACCAGAUUUGCAAGCAGCGGCGGUGCGAGAAACUCACGGAGAAGAAGCUUAUUUUGGGGCCGGACGGGACUCUGCAGACGGUCAAGAGCGAGUCGCGCCGAGGCCGAGGUCGAGGAAGAACCGUCACGACGCCCGUCUUGCAAGACAUCAAGGUAAAUAUGAGCUACCGAGGCCGAAAGCCUCUCGGCGGUACCGCAGGCGUCCCCGGUCCCCCAGGUGUGGUCGUGCCCGGCGUGCCCGGCCUGAGUCCCGGCGUGCCCGCCGCCGCGUCCCCCAGCCCCGCGCCGCAGGCCCCCGCGGCUCCCAGCCCAGCGCCGGCUACCACGCCCGGAAUGAAGCAGGAGCACCCUAGUCAACCCAUGGCGCCAAUGCCUUUCUACGCCGGCGACCCCAACAGGUUCCCGACGACAUGGCAAACCGACCCGUCACAAGGUUGGCAGAACCAGUUCAUCCAACAGCUUCCAACACAAACCGGUCAGACUACCCUCGACUACCAGGGCAACCACACAGCGUACGCCACGUCGCCGCACUACCAAGCCAACACCACCUACACCGUCCAGAACGUCGCCACCACCUUCGACGUGACCAACAACACGUACUACCAGGCGGGCGUGCAGGCCGUGCCGGCCCAGCGGCCGCCGUCCACGCGCGCCUACACCCCCGUGCCCUCGCCCCGCGCGCCGCACUACCCGGAGUACCAGCAGCAGUACGCGCAGCAGGCCACCACGCCAGGAGUCACCGGCGGCAACGACUCCCGACCCGCCUCCGCAGCCUCCUACCAGAGCGCCGUCCCGACCACUUCCGCGCCCGUCUACACCGUCAGCCAACAGACCUACGAGCGCACAGACUACCAAGAACACUCGGACGAGUACAGCGGUGAAAAUGGCACCGGAGAAUCCAGCAACGACACGGAGAGGCAAGAGAACACCCCGAAUGGACAGCAUUCGGGAAACGCCGAGCCUGGGUACCUGCAGGGGAGCAGCGGUCCGCGAGCUUCACUCGAUUGUAGCGGGUACCCGGGCGGCUAUAAUGGCGGACACCACAGCAACAACAACAACAACAACAGCAGCAGCAGCAACAACAGCAGCAACAACAACAACAGCAGCAGCAACAGCAACAAGACUGGCAACAGCCAGAUUCAGAAUCAACAACAACAGCUUCAGAAUCAGCAACAACAAAUUCAAAAUCAACAGCAUCUGCAGAACCAGCAGCAAAUGCAAAACCAACAUAUGCAACAGCAGCGCGAAGAUGCUGAGCAGCAACUAUUUUCUCAAUCCGACCGCGUCAACCUCAACUCUCGACUGAAGACCAUGAUUCUGAAUAAGCAAAGUCACGCGCGCGAUGGCUCGGGGACGCCGCCCGACAAGGGCGACCCCGGAGAGGGACCACCCAGAACAAUAGACGAGAGAAAAGGCGGUGCCAUCGCCGUUAACGAUGACAGAAAUACUACCGGUCAUUUUUUAUCGUAUAGCCACCAUCUCCGAGAUAAUUACCGCUUAGGCGAGCAGUAUCCUGCCGCUGGUAAUUAUUCACAAAACGCUCACGCCUAUGGCGCGAGCGAGUUCGGAGGUGGUGGCCACCACGUAUGGGAGGGGGGCACGGAAGUGCCGAGAGGUUACGAUAAACACGCUAAGAACGCGAAGACUCAGAAGCUGCCGUCCUACGCGGACGUGCGAGAACAGUACGGUUAUCCAUCCGCACCGUACGAAGCGCAGAAAUAUGCAGAAAUGUAUGGUAGUGAUAGUUUAAGUUACAGUCAAACGGAUAGUAAAGAUUUCCAGUCGAAAAUGGUUAUCGGGCCAGUAUCUGAAAUGAAUCAGCAAAACUGCGCGCCGGCGCGCGACACCAACGCACAAACGAGGAACUACGAUCACAGGGAAUACGACGCCAAAUUUAGACAUCCUUCUGCACCACUAAUACCUAAAUUAGAAACGCCAGACUCCUAUCAAUAUCCUAAGGACGACAGGCUGAAGGAUCAGUCUAGGUUACCACAAAACGUAAACCCAAAUUAUUGCAAAAGCAAGGACAUGAACAACCCUUACAGGGAAUACUCAAACGGCAUAGCACGCUCGCAGAAAGUACAAUCGAAUUAUAUCGAGCAACAAAAACAGGCUAAGGAAUUGGAGAAUCGGAUAAACAUGGAGAGAGCAUCGGAGCCAAAACCGCCUUAUUACAUAGAGCAAAUAAAAUCGGAGCAUUCUCCUCCGGGACAUAAGAUUUACAAGAAUUUAAGUUACAAUGUUCCUAAGAGUCAAGAGCCUUAUAUGUACGCGGGAGACGGUGGUCCAGUGUCGAUUCACAACGAGAUAGGCUACUCUUGCUGUCGGCAGGGGUCUACCAAGAAACCGCCUCCGGAACACUUAAGGGACGGGGCGUGUCCCGGUCUUCAGACCAAAGACGAAAUCCUUGAAGACGAUCCAGAAGAGAAAGAUGCUAAGAAGCCGCCAACACCCGUCCCAGAUAUAACUAAAGUGAAGGAGAACCAGUUUAAUUACUCGAAGGAAUACCUGGAGAAUUUGGAAAGGUUGAGGAAUAAUUCUCGGACGGAAGUGCCGGACUGCAAUUGUUUUCCCGCUGACAAGAACCCUCCUGAACCUGGCAGCUAUUACACUCAUUUAGGAGCAGCGGCAACCCUAUCAGAGCUGCGCAAGGAGCUGGAAGGGCGAACAGGGCUAUCAGGCAAGGAGUUGCGCAUCGAGAAAGUUUGCUACACCGGCAAGGAAGGGAAGUCGGCCCAGGGCUGCCCUAUGGCCAAGUGGGUGAUUCGCCGCUCAAGUUACACCGAGAAAGUUCUGGUGGUGGUGAAAUGCCGCGCUGGGCACAAGUGUCCUACCACGUGGAUCGUGGUGUGCCUCGUGGCGUGGGAGGGGAUCCCACAAUCUGAGGCAGACUUGGACUAUACGCUGUUGUCGCACAAACUGAACCGAUACGGACUGCCUACCACUCGGCGAUGUGCUACUAAUGAGAAUAGGACGUGUGCUUGUCAAGGGCUGGACCCAGAAUCGUGCGGCGCCUCCUACAGUUUCGGUUGCUCCUGGUCAAUGUACUACAACGGCUGCAAGUACGCGCGCUCCAAAACCGUCCGGAAAUUCCGUCUCUCCGUCAAAACUGAAGAAUCUGAAAUAGAGGAGCGGAUGCACGUGCUGGCAACGUUGCUGAGUCCGUUAUACAUGAAUUUGGCCCCGAAGAGCUUUGAGAACCAGUGUCAGUUUGAGAAGGAGGCGUCGGAUUGUAGGUUGGGGUUUAAGCCGGGCCGGCCGUUUUCUGGUGUAACAGCAUGCAUCGACUUCUGCGCGCACGCGCACCGCGACCUCCACAACAUGAACAACGGCUGCACGGCCGUCGUCACGCUCGCGCGCCACCGCUCGUUGUCCAAGCCCAACGACGAACAACUACACGUGCUGCCUCUGUACGUGUUGGACACGACGGACGAGUUCGGGUCGAGAGAAGCGCAGGAGGAGAAGAUUAAGAGCGGGGCGCUGGAGGUGCUGGAUAAAUAUCCAAUGGAAGUCCGCGUGCGCUCAGUACCGCUUCAGCCCUGCCGAAGGCACGGGAAAAAGCGGAAAGACGAGGAGGCGACCGACGCCAACAACUCCAACAACUCCAACGGUGGUCAACCCAGCCCCAAUGGCCAGAAGAAACCCGGCAACCCGCCCGCACCGCGGACUCCGCAACCCGACCCCAGGAACAACCCGAGUCCCAGAAGCCAGAACAGCGCCUCCCCGCGCGCGCUCACCCCCGCGCUCACCCACUCAACCCCCUCACCCUUCCCCAACAACUACAACUCCGCCUUCAACCCCAUGCACGCGCCCGGCCUCGGCAACCCCGCGCUGCUCGACAUGGCCACCAUGAUCGACAACUUCACCGACGCCCAGCUGCAGAGCAACCAGAUCUCCAGCACCGUCCUCGACUCGCCCUACAACUCCUACGAGCAGAACUACAACCUGCACCACCAGAGCGCGCUGUACCCCAACCACAUUAACCCGGCGCCAAAUGAUGGCUGCCCGAACCCUAAUCCCGACCAGCUCCCCGGUUUCGCCGCCGGCCUUCAGAAGAGGGAGCAGUUCCCGAACCCUCAGAGUGGCGACCAGGUGAACCCGUCGCAGACACAGUGGCCGGACUUCGCCGGCGCCGAAAUGUUCAGCAACGUCGUCAAGGAGGACCCCGACUCUACGACGGCGCAUCUCAACGUUCCGCCGAACAACUACAGCCCGGACUCCAACAGGAGCGAUACGAAUUCCGACCCGUUAUCCCAAAAGAAUCCCGCGGACUCGGACAAGAACUCUCUCAUGGCCGAUCUGGCGCAGAAGCUUCCGGACUUCGACAUGCCGAGCUCUCCGAGACUGACUGAGAUUUCGCAAAAAUCUCAGAGCACCCCGGCCUCGCCGGUCCCUUCUCAAGUCCCCGAUUUAAAAUCUCCAAAUAACGGUACUGAAUUAACUGCUUCCUUAGAAUCGCGUAAGAGUGUGUGGAAAUCACCCGAAUCUAAAAAUUGGGAUCCAUCCAAAACCAAGGAACCUACGACUCCAGAAAACGAAAACUCCCUGUUCAGGGUUCCGAAGGCGCGCCCUCCGUCGCGAUCGCAACACGUCAAUCCGGCGGAAGGCAUGGAAAACACUACGUUCUUGAAACCGUAUCCGCCUUCCGACAGACCGCCACUCGCCCAAGGGUACGAACACAGAAGUCCAUACGACAAUAGGUUACCGAGCAAUACUCCCCCACAAACUGCCACAUCCCAAGCCAACUACACUAUCAGCCACGAAGAUAAUCAGAACAUGGCCGCGGCCAAUAAACCGACCGAGUUCUCCGGCAACAACUUCCAAGCUGUCAAUCAACAACCCUACGGAAAUCAAGCUCCGAUUCAAGGCUACGGCAACUAUCCCCAGGUGGCCAACGCCUACAACUUCCCGCCGAAUCCGUACGGACAUUUCAAUCCGUACGAAAACACCUACAACGACUACAACAGCCUCGCGUACUACAACGCCGAGAAGUACAAAAGAGAGGAGUUGCUGAGAAACCCCCACUGCUACAACUCGUACGGGUAUCAAUACAAUCCUAAUUUUGCGCCAAAUUUUUACCAAAAUCCGAGCCCCAACUGGUGCCAGUCGUCGCCCAACUGGUGCCUCUACCCGCCGCCCUUCUCCAUCCCCUACCCGCCCGAGCCGCCCAAGCGGAGCAUCGGCGAGGUCGCCGAGCUCACCGACAACCUCGACUGCUUCAAGGACGCGCAGAUGGGCGGCGUCGCCAUCGCGCUCGGCCACGGCAGCGUGCUCUUCGAGUGCGCCAAGCACGAGAUGCACUCGACCACGUCCGUCCGGACGCCGAACCGGAUGAACCCGACGCGGAUAUCGCUCGUGUUCUACCAGCACCGGAACCUCAACCGGCCGAAGCACGGGCUCGAGGAGUGGGAGGAGAAGAUGCGGCUGAAGAAGCUCGGGCUGAAUCCUGCGCCGAGCGCGCCCGGGUCGAACCACGCGUCGCCCGCCGGCACGCCGGGCCCGGAGCCGAGCGCGGCACGUGCCGACAAGCGCGACGUCAUCCCCGGCGGGUUCCGGUCGCUGGGCGCGCUGGUGGAGGCCACGGCGGCGGCGCGGCGGCGCGGGCAGGUGCGGCUGCGCGCCGCCACGGGCACCACCACGUCGUGGACCACGCUGUUCCCCAUGCACGCCUGCACCGUCACCGGGCCCUACCAGGAGUCCGCCACCUGACGGCCUGCCUCCGCGCCCGCCGAGGGAGCGGGACGAUAGAUGUUGCCUUCCCGUUAGACUGUAGCGACGCAGCUUUCCGACUAUUGUAGUUCCUCGAUUUAUAAAAUUUAAACGCGGGCCGGGCCGUCUCGCGUCCGGCGCCGCGAGUGAGUUUCCGAUCAAAGAUGUAAUUUUAAGUUAUAUUUUUUAGUAGUGUUUAUCGCAUUUCAGCUAGUCUUACGUCACUAUGUUAGUAUCGAAUCGUGUAUCGUCGGAGUGACCGUUAUCGUGUAGAUUUGUUUUUUGUAUAUUCUUGUCGUAUUUUAGUUCGCCGAGAUCGAUUUGUGGCCCGUUUUGGAUCUAGUUUUUAAUAUUUUACAUUUUAUGUUUUAUAGUGUACGGUUAGUAUUUUGUCUGCAUAUUUUGUGGGUGUUUUCUAAUACGACGUGCGUGUGCAUCGCAAUGAUCUCAACUACUAACCUGUGACUAGCUUACGAGACAGAGUACAAAACGUCAGCGAGGCUCGCGUCGCGGCUCGCAGCCGAGAGCGCGACUAUUGAUAUUUUUGUACCUUUGUUUGUGUAUUUAAGUUGUUUUAAUUGUAUUUUACCAUUCCUCUGUAUUGCUGAUCGUUUGUUUAGGCGUAUUUAUUAUUAUUAAAUCGGUGGCGCUCGAGCGACACGGUUGGUACCACAAAGAUAUGAGUGCUUUUCUAUUAGGUUAGGAUGUGUGUAUUUUUAACUUUUUAGAGUAUUUAACUUAUUUAUAUUGUAUUACGUGAACCAUUGUCAGAUCAUUUCCUUUGUAACGGUUUAGUGUUACUGUAGACAUUAAUAUAUUUCCUUUACGUCAUCACAUUAAAUUAUUGCAGUUGUUUUUAGCAUGUUCAAGUAGCCUUCUUUACUUUUCACUAGUGCCUGCAUGUUCGGCCGCAGACCGAGGUCUGUAGACAUUCGAUAUUAACUAAAUCAUUGCCUUGUUCGUUUGAUCAAGUGACGCGUCUACUGACAUUUUAAGCAUCUAUCGUAGACGAUAAAAUUUUAUAAAAUUAGGUACAUACAAUAAAAAGAUGAGUAAUAAAUUACAUACAUUUAUAUAAGAUAGAAUAUUUGCAGAAAAACAAUUGUCAGGCGCUUGGAAAGAUUAUAAAGUAGGCGUAUUAUUGAAAAUGAAUGAAAACAUACUGAUUAAUAGUUAUUAAUAUAUAAUUAGCGUAAGAAAAAGUUUGUUUUAAAGAUUAAACUAUUGAUAUAGUUUAUAUUUUUUACGUGUACGUAUUUAUUGAAUGGUAAAUUUAUUGGGACGAACGUGAAAUUAUUUAUAGGUUAAAAGUUUUGAUGACAAAACUUAUAAAAAUUAAGCAAUAAUAGACAUCGGAGUCUAUGUACAUUGUAAGGUAGGAGUGAAAUUACAAUUAACGAAUGGUGCGAAUUGUCGUCGAUCUUAUGGAAAUGCUUAACGUUUCAAAACUUACCAAAAUUUGCCUAAAAUUGUAUUUGGAUAUUAUUUGUGUAGAAGUUGUAGGAAGUCUUGCCAUUGCCAGUUGCCAACGGUCGCGACCCGAACCGGUCCCUCGGGGCUGCACAUAUCAAACCCAUCGCAAUAUAUAAAGAUAGUUACGCGUUACAAACCUCAUUAACCCGACUUCCAACCAUGAUACUAUCAAAAUGUCUUCUUGGUGUAUUUGUCCCUCGUCAAUUUUAAGUAUACCGACUUUUAAUCGUACUGUGGUACUAGCAUUUAACCGUUUAUAAUUUUAUACACGUUUUGCACGGGCAAAAUUUUGACACCAAAAUUGUAAAAUAAAAUUUGUAGCGUAUGUAAAGAAAUCAUGUAUCAUCGGUCUUUUAUAAGCGUUGUAUCAGUUAGGUCACUAGAAACCUGUGAUAUACCCAUUAACUCGAGUGCUUGGACGCUUGUAACGUGUAUUCUUCGGUGUGCAUGAAAGAAUGCGGUAUUUUUCAUCAAAUUCUAAACUCAACCAAAAACGACCAGUAUUGUCAUAAAGUUGUAACCAAAAAGCAUGACGUUUGUUUGUUAGUUUCGCCUGGUUUCAGGCGUUUUAAAUGUGGGUUAUUACCAUUGUGGUUUUUACAAUUUAGGUUACGUUACGCCCUGUGCGUUAAUUUAAGUUACGACAAACCUAUUGUGUAACAAUAUUUUUAUUGUCUUCUGCCAAAACAAAAGAGUAAUCGAAUGUGUCAUGUAAAUAGAACUACCAUUAUUUAUUAAUACAAUAAUUUAAAAAGA